AUGCCAAUGCGUUGGACAAGCGAGAAUGACCAGCUGUUGCUGAUCAAGUUCAUUGAGACUCACGACAUUACCGUGGACACGAAGAAGAUCUCGGAGGCAUGGCCUGCUACGAGUGAUGACAACCGUCCCACCCCCAGAGCUAUUACGGAGCGAAUCCAUAAGAUUCGAAGCCUCGCCAAAGCGGCCGCAGCCAAAAACGGAGUAUCCAGCACCAGUACUCCUGCAACUCCGGCUUCCCGCAAGCGUGGACCCAAAGCCGGAGGCUCAAAGUCAAGCACGAAGCGUUCUCGUACCGGCGGCUCUAAGAAGAAGGGUUUGAAAGGAGAAGAGGAGUCGCCCGGAACUCCAACUCCGAGAAACAAUGGUGGACCAGUCAAGGAAGAAGAUACCGAGGGAAAUCUCGUUUUUAACGGGCAGCUGGAAGAUGUCUUUACGCAAAAGCCUUUGGGUAAACGCGUGAGGACUGCCCCUGCCAUGCCCUUGGGUAUGAUUUCAUAUAACGAGAACCAUACUGACGAAGAUGAGAUAAAAUAUCAGAGCGACGUUAGCGAAUUCGCCCCAGCAAACGGUGAUGAGGAAGACGACGAUGAAGACAUGGACGACUUGGUGAAAGACGAAGUCUUCAUUUAA